AUAUUGCUUUUAGGGGCUUUACUUGUGCCAACAAAAUAUCACUCGGACGAAUUUCGUGAUAUUAUUGUAAUAUAAUUGCUAAACAACACUCAAAAAUCAUAACAAAUACGUAUUAUGGAAAAGAGUGAAAAGUGUUUCAAACAAUGUCAUAAACGGACUAAAGUGUCAAACUCAAAAAUAGUUACCAACACCUCAGUUUUGCGAAUGCCGCGUGUGAGAGAUGGAAAAUCAAUUGCACGUCCAAAAUUAUGUGUUACACUGGAGUGUCUACGAGACAUAAAAAGCAUUUAUCUUGCUUUGCUAAUUACAAUUUUAGCGUUAGAAAAUUGUAAAUUGGCCUACGGAUCUUUUGAAAAUGUCGACUUUGAUGGCGUUGCUCCGUUAACAGUGUUAAAACCAUUGAAUUUAAUGACAAAUCUGCUGGCAGAAGAAAACAUAAAUAACUCUAACACAGAAACAAAUAUACUAAAGGAAUUGAAGUUGCCAGAAACACAAACAAGAGAUCGGAAACGGCGACAGGCUGAGAGUGAUAAAACUUUUCGCAUCAUUGGAUUACGUUUGGAAGAUGAUAGCUCUGAGUCCAAUGAUGGAGUACCGAGUGUAUUGAGUAAUAAGGAACAGACGAUUCGCGUUUUCGGUGUUGAAUUACAGAAAAACACAGUUAUCGCGUUUACAAGUGAAGAGAAUGAUUAUAAAGGAGCUUGUUUGAAGCCUAUGACCGAAAUUUUUAAGCCGGACCAUGUUGCCGAUAGCGGACUUACUGCAACAUAUACGGUUAAAUUUCCGUACUCAAAGAGCGUAUUGUAUAUUUGUGCGAAAAUUGACGACAACGGAGUAGCUCACCAGAGUGCGGCUGAAACCACACCCCUUGUACAUCAAGGCAAUGACAAAUGGAUGAAAAUCGAAACGCAUCAACCACUUUUGCCUCUUUGGGUCGCAAUUGUGAUUAUUGUAAUAUGUUUAUGUUUCUCAGCUUUGUUCUCCGGUCUUAACUUAGGUCUUAUGGCUUUGGACCGUACUGAGUUAAAAAUAUUACGAAAUACUGGCACGGAAAAAGAAAGAAAGUAUGCCGCGAAAAUUGCACCUGUCAGAGAUCAAGGUAAUUAUCUGUUGUGCAGUAUUCUCUUGGGUAAUGUGUUGGUUAACUCCACCUUUACCAUUCUACUGGAUGGUUUGACUUCUGGACUUUUUGCUGUCAUAUUCUCCACCUUGGCUAUUGUACUUUUCGGUGAAAUAACACCCCAGGCUGUUUGUUCAAGACACGGUUUAGCUAUUGGUGCCAAAACUAUAUUGAUUACCAAAACGGUAAUGGCCAUAACAGCUCCACUAUCGUACCCAAUAUCUCGUCUUCUAGAUGCAUUAUUGGGUGAAGAGAUUGGUAAUGUAUUUAAUCGUGAACGUCUAAAGGAACUUGUCCGUGUUACAAACGACGUAAAUGAUUUGGAUAAAAAUGAAGUGAAUAUCAUUUCUGGCGCUUUGGAGUUACGUAAGAAAACUGUCGCCGAUAUUAUGACUCACAUUAAUGACGCCUACAUGCUCUCACUGGAUGCCGUGCUAGACUUUGAGACUGUAUCUGAUAUUAUGAACUCUGGUUAUUCGCGAAUUCCGGUAUACGACGGGGAUAGGAAAAACAUUGUGACUUUGCUCUAUAUUAAAGAUUUGGCAUUCGUAGAUACUGAUGAUAACACGCCGUUAAAAACGCUGUGCGAAUUUUACCAAAAUCCAGUUCAUUUUGUUUUUGAGGACUACACUUUAGAUAUAAUGUUUAAUCAAUUCAAAGAAGGUACGAUCGGUCAUAUCGCCUUUGUUCAUCGUGUUAACAAUGAAGGCGACGGUGAUCCGUUCUAUGAAACCGUUGGCCUUGUUACAUUGGAAGACGUUAUUGAAGAGCUCAUUCAAGCAGAAAUAGUCGAUGAAACCGAUGUGUUCGUUGAUAACCGUACAAAAACACGUCGCAGUCGUUAUAAAAAAGCUGACUUUUCCGCGUUUGCUGAACGUCGCGAGGCGCAAACUGUUCGCAUCUCUCCUCAAUUAACAUUGGCUACAUUCCAAUACUUAAGUACAGCUGUGGAUGCGUUUAAGAAGGAUGUCAUUUCAGAACCAAUAUUGCGGCGAUUACUUAACCAAGAUAUUUUCCACAACAUCAAAGCAAAGGGAAAACCGAAAGAUGAUCCCAGCCUGUUCAUAUUUACGCAAGGAAAAGCAGUUGACUUUUUUGUACUUAUAUUAGAGGGUCGCGUAGAAGUAACGAUUGGCAGAGAGGGACUACUUUUUGAUAGUGGUCCAUUUACUUAUUUUGGUACACAAGCAUUGGUACAGAACGUAGUUGUUGACUCUCCAACUCAGAUGGGGUCGAUGCAGUCGUUAAAUAUGGACUCGAAAAUUCGACAAACUUUCGUUCCAGAUUACUCCGUUCGCGCUGCUACAGAUGUGAUAUAUAUUGCAAUUAAACGUAGCCUGUACCUAACUGCGAAAAAAGCAACUUUGUUAGAAAAGAGCCGUAAAUCGGGCACAUUUUCAAGUGAGACAAUCGAUGACGAAGUUGAACGGUUGCUUCAUUCCGUAACUGAAGAUGAGAAGCCUCGAUUCCUGUCAGCGAGGCGGCUAUCCAAGCCUAAUCGAAGUGUAACAUCGUCACCCACUAACAAUACUAUAUCUCAUGAGGAUCGAAGUAAUAGUGCUAGUGGUCCAAUCCAAGCUAGUCAUAAAAUUGGGCCCGAACGAACUGAAGAUGGUUCAUUCAGUAGUUUGGUUACCUCGGAUGUUGCAGGGGAUCUUCAGAAUGGGGAAAAUGAUGACAGGGAUGGAACAACGGCGUUAGCCCCGCUUUUACCAAAGCCGGAGGACAACAACGAAUCUAGGCAAAACAAGCCACAAUAACGACCGUCUACAGACUAUCCUUUACUGGAAAACUAGAUGCGCAGAUUCAAUUGUCCAUAAUAUUUUCCUUUCAAUCACAUUUGCUCUAACGUAUAGCCGACAUACGAUUGUGUUUCCUUACAUAUUUUUCCUUAAUUAUUGUUGAACUUGCAAUUUGAAUAGAAUAUUGUUUCAAUGAUUUU